AUGUUUCACCAAUCCAUGGAUAUUUCACCCAUCCCUACGCCCAACUCACAGCUCUCUCCUCUUUUCGAAGUUCAUGAGGAUCACGAUAACAACACGAACCAUUUCGCCAUUCCGGAUCGACCAAAGUCUCGACCAAGUGGGUUUCAGCGGAGUCGUUCCCAUGUACUCGAUGAAAAGAAACGGUAUGCGGGGUACUUUGACCUCAAGAAGAAUGCCGAGAAUGGAGGAGCGAGUGGGACAUCUAGCAAAUGUGUCAGUCCUACGAGUUGCUUGGUGGCCGAUAUGAGCGAGAACUUUCAUAUCGAUCCAAAGAGCCCUUCGCUUCCUACUCCCCGCCGUUCCCUCCUCCCUUCCUUUUCCUUCAACAAACCUGCCCCAAGGACGCCGGACGAACCUGGCCUUUCCGUUGAUCACAAAGCAAUGCUGUCCUCACCCAUGGACAUUUCUCCACUCCCUCACAAACUCCCGGCUGCGGCAGAUAACGCCCGCGACCGUAAGUCUUCGGAUGCGUUCUUGAAGCCGUCGAAUCAGACUCGAAAGGCUCGACCUCCGUUGACGCGGAUGAAGGGUGCGAGUUUUGCGGCGUUGUCGAAUCGGGGCUACACGCUCGCUUCGAUGAACGCUUCGAAUAAGGAGAAUUCGAUGACUAUGACUAUGACGAUGGAUCAUAAGCCUAUGUCACCGGUUGGCAAGGUUAAGGCUUCGUCGACGUCCGUGUCUCUUGAUCAAUUGUUCGGGUCUGACGAGGAUGCUACUCCGAUCAAGAAGAUCGGUGGACUCACUGCUGGACCUUCUAUCCUCGGUGGUAGCUCAUUGACGGAUUCUCCUACUCCUGCCGCGAGUGAUUCGCCUCUUGCUCAGGUCCGUCGCCCUGGAUUGCCGAGGGCUGCUCAGCUCGGUCCUCGUGCGCCAAAGUUCAGGAGGACGCAAUCUUUGUUUCAACACCCUGCAGAGGUGUUGAAGCCUGAGAUCGAGGAUGCGAUCGACGCGGCUGCUGCUGCGACCGCUGCUAUUGCAUCCGCGAAGCAGGCUCAGCAGUUGUUGGCUUCGCCUGGUAUCUCUACUACUGGUGCCGGAGAGUCUCUCAUCUUGCCUUGCUUUGGUGUUCAGUCUGAUCCGCUUAAGCGUAUCGACUCAAACAUCAUGCGGGAUGUUCUCGAGGGGAAGUACAGGGAGCGUUACGAUGAACUCGUCAUUGUUGAUUGUCGUUUCCCGUACGAGUACUCUGGAGGACACGUCCAGGGUGCCAUGAACAUCAACGAUAUGACUCAGCUUGAGCCUACGUUCUUGAAUAACCCCAUGCGUGGCAAGGUCUUGAUCAUCUUCCACUGCGAGUACUCUCAGCAUCGUGCACCCAAGAUGGCCAUGCACCUUCGCAACCGGGACCGUUUCCACAACAUGAAGAGGUACCCUCAGUUGUGGUAUCCCGAGCUUUACAUUCUCGAUGGAGGCUACCGCGGGUUCUUUGGGGCUCACAAGGACAAGUGCCAGGGUGCUUAUGUCGAGAUGGAGGAUGUCAAGCAUAAGAGUGCUUACGAGAGUUCCAUGCACGGGUUCCGCAAGGUUGCGAAGAGCAAGGAGAGGGGAGGCGAUGGCAAGAAGGCCAUCGGCAUGAGUCGCACUGCGUCUUACACUUUUGGAGAGAACGAGGCUGUUCGCAGGGCGAAUGGCUACGAUCUCGAUGCCCUUGUUUCGUCCGACAGCGAGAUGAAAGAGAGCGGCAAUCUAAAGGCUAGGGGUGUCAAGUUAUUUGAGGAUCUGAAGAGGAUUGAAAACAGGAGAACGGCAAGUUAUUGA